UUUUAUUAUUAUUAUUAUUAUUUAGCUUAAAAUAUGCCACCCAAUACACAGCUUGAGCAAGAAGCAGAAGAAAUGGAUACACCUAUUUCAUUCGUUCAUCAUUUUUGGUCAAAAGAUAAGACGGGCAUGAAGAAAUUAAUAAAUCAUAUUAAAUCCACUCAUGAAGAUCUUAAUAAGGUUUACAAUAUCUAUAUUGAAAGAGCACAAAUAGAGCGAGAGUUUGGAGAAAAGUUAUUACUGUUAUCAGAGAAAAACAGUCAUGAGGCAUCCAAAGACGGAAUACCAGCUGCCUUUGAUACAAUGGUUAUGGAAUUAAAAAAUACAGCCAAUUCACGAUUAGAGUUGGCGGAUAAAUUACAACAAGAACUAGCAGGUGAAUUUGAGUCAAAAUUAGAGGAAUAUAAACUUUUACUUGAAAAAUGGACGAAAUCAUUGGAUGAAUUAUAUCAGGAACGUCAAGAAAUGAUAAUGGAGUUGCUAAAGACCCGAGCAAAAUAUUUGAAGGAGCAUGAGAUUUCAAAGGGACAAAUGACCCCUAUCAUGGAAUCGUUGAAAAGUCACUACAAAACCUUAGUAGCAGAAGUAGAUGAAGUAGCUCAAGAAUGGAAUUCAUUAUGGAAAGAAGCAUGUGAGGUUAUGGAAGCAAUGGAAGAAGAUCGAGUAGAGUUUUUGAAAAGCAAUAUUUGGGAAUAUGCUAAUUUAACCUCAGCAACGUUACUUGUUCAAGAUGAGUGGUGCGAAAACAUUCGUAAACAAUUAGAGCAAUGUAAUGUUGAUAUAGAAAUUGAGAGAUGUAUUUCAUUAUGUGCAACUGGCUCAAAAAUACCAACUACAAAUGAAUAUGUGGGAGAAUUAAUGAAAGAGCAAAAGAAGAAGCAUCAGGCUUAUUCGGAAAGAUCAUCUAAAGCGCCUACUCCACCUACAAAGCCACAUCGUCAACAGGAAAGAUUUAGUUGUCAGUCCACAGAGCAACAACAUAGAAAUAAAGAAAAUUUCAAUUCCUUAAGAAACAAAUCAGAUUCCUCAAGGCAAUCAAACAUGAAUUAUGAUGACCAGCAACAACAGGACGCCAGCACAACACAAUCCCAACGAAGAAUACGAGAUACUCCUUCGGAUACGGAGCAAAAUACAAAGCCAUCUAUACCAACAGUAGAUCAAGGAACUUAUGGACGUAACAGGAAUCCACAAAUGAAUAUUAUGCAGAAAAAUGUAAGCAGUAAUAUAGGUAGUACAGCUACUCGUGGUCAAAUCAAAAGAAAGCCUUUGAAUAAAACGUUGAUGGAACAAGUAUCAAAUGAAAUGGCUAUAGCUCGUCAACAGCGAGAGAUUGAACAACGACAACAGAAACAGAAUGAUAACUUUUCUACAUCUUCGCCCACUAUAAGAGAAAGUAUGUCAUCACAUCAUAAAUCAGCUUCAAAUGGAUCACUUGAAUCUUUACUAAAGACAUUCGAAGGCACUAACUCGACAGCGACAAUUCCUUCCGACUCAACAUUACCAACACGUAAAUCUUCUCAAUCAAAUACAUCCAUAAAUGAUGAGAUUAAAUCAUGUCGUCAGCCCUCAGAAUAUAAACCUGAUGCAUGCUCCAUUCCUACGAGACGCGGUCCUACAACAAAUACGCCACAGGAUAAUAUAGAUGACACUUCAAGCUUAGACAAGUCCUGUCCCUCUAAAAUGAUUCAAGAGCCUUUAUCAAAUCCCGCUAUUACUCCUAAAUCACCCCGUCCACCACCUCAACAAAUUGUGCUUGAUAAGCGUCCACCUACUGAUAGCUAUCCUGAACAACAAAGACUUGGACAUCAAACUCAACAGGUACAAAAUUAUCAAACAACAUCAUCCCCAAAUAAAAUGCAUUCAACGCAAGAUCCUUACUCAACUUGCACAUAUAUACCACCACAACAAUUUGCUGUAGGUCAGCCCUCAUAUAUAGGGCAGCAGCAUAUGAAUCAACCAUCUCAACCCUCGCCUCUAAUGCAGCCCGUGCAUUCACCUAUGAUGCAACCAGUUCAUUCACCUAUGAUGCAGCCCGCGCAUUCACCCAUGAUGCAACCAGCUCAUUCACCUAUGAUGCAGCCCAUGCAUUCGCCCAUGAUGCAACCUGUCCAUUCGCCCAUGAUGCAGCCGCAAAGAUCACCUAUGAUGCAACAAGCUCAUUCACCUAUGAUGCAGCCCAUGCAUUCGCCCAUGAUGCAGCCACAAAGGUCUCCUGGGAUGGCGCCUUCACCGUUAAUACAGCCGCAACCACCAUAUAAUACUCAAAGAGGUGGUACACUUCCACCACCCAUCACUAUUCCUCCUACUACUAACUUUGCCGUAACUCCUCAGCCCUCUCCUUCUAUAUCCUAUACUAAUUUAGCUGGCAGUGGCGGUGUUUCUCCUGGUGGUGUCCUCCCUCCACCUGCUUCACCACAGCAAUUGCCACUAAGGCCACAUCAAUACUCUGAUGGCCAACCUAUUCAAUUCUGGGCGCGAGCAAAAUAUGAUUAUGAAGCUAGUGACAGUGAUGAAUUAUCAUUUAAGGCACAUAAUUUAAUUGGUGUCUUGGAAGCAGAUAUUACACAACAAUCAUGGUGGUUAGGCGCUAUUUGGGAUGAAUAUCGUCAAGUAUGGUCUGCUACUGGUUCAAUUCCAAGCAAUUUUAUGGAAAGUUGUUAAAACCUUUACCUUUGUAUAUAAUGUUUAUUAUUAUUAAUAAAUUUUUUUUUCUUCUUCUUCUUCUUUGAGAAAAAAAAAA